CUACGUCGCACUCCCAUAACUUCCAGGUUGCCACUUCGCUGCGACUGAGGCAGCUACUUCUGGUCACUCAUCGCCCUUCAACUUUACCAUGAAGCACGUCACACCUUUCGCAUUUGCCGCUGGCAUAGCCAUCGGUGACGCGUUGGCCCAAGUCCGCGUUCCCACAAACUUCCAGGUCGGAGUAAAAUGGCAGAUCGAGAUUCAGAACACGCUGGACAUCACCAAGCCCCUGGAGCCCUCGGAUGCGGUGGUCUGGGAUCUUGACCUCUACCACGUUGCUCGCAACCCUGGGAUUGUUGACUACCUCCGGAAAAAUGACUCCAACAGGAUCCUUAUUUGCUACUUCAACGCCGGGCUCGCCCAGACCAGCGACUGUGACUACAACACUAGGUGGAACAACAGCGGCCUCCUCGGCAACGUCUACGACCCGGAGGAGCCGCAGUUCAGCGACGAACGCUGGGUCAACAUCAAGAACCAAACAGCCCGAGACUGGAUGAAGGACCGCAUCACGCUCGCCAACCAGAUCGGCUGCGACGGCGUCGACCCGGACAACAUCGACGGCUACCUGAACGACGAGGACGGCAACAACGGCACCGGCUGGAACCUCUCGCAGGACGACUACGUCUCCUUCGUAACGGAGCUGGCGGCGCACGCGCACAACCUAACCACCAAGCGAGGCUUCACCCUGCUGAUCGGGCAGAAGAACGCGGCCGACAUCGUGGACCGGAUUGACGGCGUGCUCGACUUCGCGGUGCUCGAGGACUGCAAGCAGCUCAACGACCCCACGGAGCAGGGCUUCUGCAGCGCCUUCCAGCCGUACAUCACGGCCGGCCGCCCCGUCUUCAGCAUCGAGUACCCGUCGACGCUGGGGAACGCGGACUCGGGCGCGUGCAACCCGGGCGGCGCGAACGCGACGCAGUACGCCGCCUCGUGCGACGCGACCGCGGGCAACGCGAACUUCAGCACCGUGCUCAAGAUCCAGGGCGGCGUCGGCGAGCUGAACGGCUGCACCCAGUACUGCGACGGGGGCCGGCCCAACACGGGCGUCGUCGUCACCGCGACGAACUCGGAGCUGGAUGGUUCGCCGUGUCCGGCCGGCAGCCAAUAGGGAGUGCUGCCCCCGAGCGCGGCAAGUCGCUUUGGGGCUGGUUUCGGAUCAUUAGACAAGUUGCUGACGCUGGCUUGUGCCGUUGGUUUGGUGAUGUCUCUCCUGGAGAUGCUGUAGAUCUCUCCCCUUCAACUUAGAUUAGAGGAGGGAGCGUGCAAUAUCACGGGCUGCUGCCCCAGAUAUUUACGCCUUGCG